AUGGCAGCAGUCUUUGAUCCACAGUUUAAGCUUUCCAUUGUUGAAUGUUGUUUAGGGAAGCUUGACAUGAGUACAUGUGAUGCAAAGGUGAAGAACUUGCGUGACAAGCUCAGUAUUAUGUUUGAGUCAUACGACAAAAAAUCCAAGAAUAACUCACCUUCCACUGAGCCACGUGAGACUGUUUCACAAAAAGCAUGUGCGGCAGGGUCAACGGGAAUGUUUGUGAACUACAAUAGCUUGGACAUCCUCGAUUGGUGGAAAGAUAAUGCGCAUCGGUAUGGUGACUUGGCUGCAAUGGCAUGUGAUCUGCUAAAAGAAGAAAUCAACGGUGAUGGUGAUGGUGAUGGUCAAGAAGAGAAAUUACCAUCAUUUGAGUCUAUUGUCGAUGGGAAAGAUGAAGAUGAACGCGUUUGA